UCGUAGUGCAGUCCAUCACCGCCCACCAGCAACCUCUGCGACGCUUUCCACUGUGGUGAAUUGUAUUACCGGACAAGCCCACCACAUACCUAUGAGAAUGGCUGGGAACGCGUUAAGGUCAACGAUUUGAAAUCUUCUGGGACAAUGGCAGUUACGGCUAGCUAACGUUAGUCUAACAGAAGAAUUCAUCACUGACCGAUUAAUUGUCCCGCGUCAUGGGGGCCGCACAGAGCCAGGUACCACAAAUGAGAACCAUAACCAGAGGGAUACAGACGGUCACAUUAAUCCCUGGAGAUGGAAUUGGUCCAGAAAUUUCUGGUGCAGUCAUGAAGAUUUUCGAUGCUGCAAAAGCUCCUGUUCAGUGGGAAGAGAGAAAUGUCACCGCCAUCAAAGGUCCCGGCGGACGGUGGAUGAUCCCACCUGAAGCGAAAGAAUCCAUGGACAGGAGCAAGAUUGGGCUGAAAGGGCCUUUGAAGACACCUAUUGCCGCUGGUCACCCCUCAAUGAACCUGCUGCUGAGAAAGACCUUUGACCUCUACGCCAACGUGCGUCCGUGCGUGUCCAUCGAUGGCUACAAGACGCCGUACACGGACGUGGACCUGGUCACCAUCCGCGAGAACACGGAGGGCGAGUACAGCGGGAUCGAGCAUGUGAUUGUCGACGGGGUGGUACAAAGCAUAAAGCUCAUCACUGAAGAAGCCAGCAGGCGUAUAGCUGAGUACGCAUUUGAAUAUGCCAAAAAUAACCAAAGAACCAGUGUUACAGCUGUCCACAAAGCCAACAUUAUGCGCAUGUCUGAUGGGCUUUUUCUACAGAAAUGCAGGGAGGUGGCUGAAACCCAUAAGGAUGUGAAAUUCACUGAAAUGUACCUGGAUACAGUGUGUCUGAAUAUGGUACAAGAUCCCACACAGUUCGAUGUGCUGGUAAUGCCCAAUCUCUACGGUGAUAUUUUGAGCGAUCUCUGUGCUGGUCUGAUUGGCGGUCUUGGAGUGACACCUAGCGGGAACAUUGGAGCCAAUGGCGUCGCCAUAUUUGAAUCAGUCCACGGGACUGCCCCGGACAUCGCCGGGAUGGACAUGGCCAAUCCCACGGCCCUCCUGCUCAGCGCCGUGAUGAUGCUGCGGCACAUGGGUCUGCAUGGCUACGCUAAGAGGAUUGAGACGGCCUGCUUUGACACCAUCAGAGACAAGAAGGUUCUGACCAAAGACCUUGGUGGAAACUCCAAGUGCUCGGAGUUCACAAAUGAAAUCUGCCGAAGGGUCCAAGAUUUGGAAUGAGGGGAGAUGCUGAUAGAAGACAUCCUCCUUUCUGUUUGAGCUCCAGGCUGAACCACAGCUUCAUAUCAUUCUUAUAUUAACGCACAAUAUUUAGUCUUCGUAUACUGUAUGUAUGUGUAUAUGUACAGUAUAUAUAAAUUAUAUUAAAAUAUAAUGUAUGUAUCUAUGUGCUGAAAGAGUGACAGCUGUGGGAUGACCACCGGAAUGUUUUAAUCAAAACACAAACCUGUCUUAUUCUUCACUCACUCUGUCCUUUGGUUUCUGUGAUUGUGAGAUGUAUUGUUAUUUGUUAAAAAAAGAAAGAAGUCUGCUUCUGUUCUGUUUAUUGACUGACUUUGGCCUUCGGUCUGAUACAUUUUGUUUUAUUAAACAGUUCUCCUGUGAUCUGCUGAUGAGUCAUUGGUGGAUGUGACCUAAUCUGGUUUCAGAAUUCAUUACAGUGCAUUAAAGGUUGAAAAUAUUUUGAAUGAAA